UUUUCACCUGCUUGCCAUUUCUCGGUAGAGAUCUAUUGUUCUCCCUUUCGUGGAUUACUUCAUCCGAUCUCAUAGCUCGUUUGAUCUCUAGCAGUUCGCUUUGAAAUGAUACAACCUGCAUUUGGUCACUGACAGAUUCACACUCCGUAGCUUUUGUCAUGGCUUUCAUGGCUGUUCUGGAAUCUGAUCUUCGCGCACUGUCCGUUGAAGCUCGCCGCCGUCACCCGGCCGUCAAAGAUGGAGCUGAGCACGCUAUUUUAAAGCUUCGAUCGAUGAUGAGUCCCAGUGAUAUUGCAGAAAAUGAAGACAUUUUACGAAUUUUUUUGUUGGCAUGCGAAGCCAAAACUAUAAAAUUGAGUGUCAUUGGGCUUUCGUCUCUACAAAAGCUCAUAUCUCAUGAUGCAGUCAGUCCUUCUGCCUUGAAAGAAAUACUCUCUACCCUGAAAGAUCACGCUGAAAUAUCAGAUGAGACUGUUCAGUUAAAGACACUUCAAACUAUACUAAUAAUUUUUCAAUCCCGAUUACAUCCUGAAAGUGAGGAAAAUAUGGCUCAAGCUCUUGGCAUCUGUAUUCGGCUUUUAGAAAACAACAGAUCUUCUGACAGUGUUCGAAAUACUGCAGCUGCUACCUUUAGGCAAGCAGUAGCUCUAAUUUUUGAUCAUGUAAUUUUUGCUGAGUCGCUUCCGGCUGGAAAGUUUGGUACUGGAAGUCUAACCUCUCGAGCCAUGGUUACUGCUGAUGUUGAUCAUAACAUCAAUAGCUCAGAGACAAUGAACAAUGGGUCUCUUUCUGGAGGGCCAUUGUUGAAGCGAGAGAACUUGACUAAAGCUGGGAGGCUUGGGCUUCAAUUGCUUGAAGAUCUGACAGCUCUUGCUGCAGAUGGAUCUGCAACUUGGUUACGCCCAAUUUCUUUCCAGCGCUCCUUUGCCCUUGAUAUAUUAGAGUUCAUUUUGUCAAAUUAUGUAGCUGUCUUCAGGAUAUUAGUUCCAUAUGAGCAGGUUUUGCGUCAUCAGAUAUGUUCUCUUCUUAUGACAUCACUUCGUACAAAUGCUGAGAUUGAAGGUGAAGCAGGGGAGCCUUAUUUCCGACGCAUAGUCUUGCGGUCAGUUGCUCAUAUUAUCAGACUAUAUAGUACAUCCCUCAUCACUGAAUGUGAGGUUUUCCUCAGUAUGUUAUUGAAGGUUACUUUUCUUGAUCUACCACUGUGGCAUAGGAUUCUUGUUCUUGAAAAUUUGAGGGGUUUUUGCAUGGAGGCUAGGACAUUGCAGGUUCUUUUCCAGAACUUUGAUAUGCAUCCGAAAAACACAAAUGUUGUUGAAGGCAUUGUUAAAUCCCUUGCUAGAGUUGUCUCCAAUGUUCAGGUCCAUGAGAUGAGUGAAGAAAGCCUGGUAGCUGUCGCUGGAAUGUUUAGUAGCAAGGCCAAAGGGAUAGAGUGGAGUCUCGAUGGUGAUGCAUCAAAUGCCACCGUUUUAGUUGCUAGUGAAGCGCAUGCAAUAACCCUGGCUGUUGAGGGCCUGCUAGGUGUUGUCUUUACUGUGGCUACUUUAACUGAUGAGGCAGUUGACCUCGGGGAGAUUGAAUCUCCCAGGUCUGAUAAUGAUCCACCAGGAAAGUGCAACGGAAGAUUAGCAAGUGUCUGCAUUUCAAUGGUUAAUUCUUUGUGGCUGACAAUACUUGAUGCAUUGUCCCUUGUUCUUACAAGAUCCCAGGGGGAGGCUAUUGUCUUGGAGAUCUUGAAAGGAUAUCAAGCUUUCACACAGGCAUGCGGACUUCUCCAUGUUGUUGAACCAUUGAACUCAUUUCUUGCCUCCCUUUGCAAAUUUACGAUUAAUUUUCCAAGUGGAGCAGAAAAGAAGAGCAUCCCCCAGUCUCCUAAUUUAAAACGAUUGGAGCCUUUCACUGAUCAAAGGGAUACUGUUGUCCUUACCCCCAAGAAUGUGCAGGCCUUGAGGACUCUUUUCAAUAUUGCCCACCGAUUGCACAAUGUGCUGGGUCCAUCUUGGGUGUUGGUCUUGGAUACUCUUGCGGCUCUAGACCGUGCAAUUCAUUCACCACAUGCCAUGACACAGGAGGUAUCUACCACCGUCCCAAAGCUUACAAGGGAAUCAUCUGGCCAGUACAGUGACUUUCACAUUCUUUCUUCUUUAAAUUCUCAGCUAUUUGAGAGCUCAGCACUGAUGCACGUAUCUGCAGUGAAUUCCCUUCUUUCAGCAUUAUGUCAGCUUUCUCAUCAAUAUCUGACUAGUGGUUCCAGUGGUUUUGGCCUAGCUACAAGUCAGAAAAUUGGGAGCAUCAAUUUUUCUGUGGAAAGGAUUAUAUGUAUCCUUGUCAAUAAUCUUCACAGAGUUGAACCACUAUGGGAUCAAGUUGUUGGCAAUUUUGUUGAGCUUGCCAAUAACUCCAAUCAGCAUGUACGCAAUAUAGCACUUGAUGCAUUGGACCAAUCCAUCUGCUCAGUUUUAGGUUCAGAGCCCUUUCUAGAUUUCACCUCACCUAAUCAUCAUACCACUUUGAAGAUUGAAAACAGGCUUGAAAAGCUGAGGUCACUGGAAUGUUCUGUUAUAUCUCCUCUACAGUCUCUGUAUUCGUCUUCUCAAAGCAUUGAUGUUUGCUCAGGAUCAUUAAAGAUUCUUCUGCAUGUUUUAGAGAGACAUGGAGAGAAAUUACACUACAGUUGGCCAAAUAUUCUUGAGCUGUUAAGGUCUGUUGCAGAUGCUUCUGAGAAAGACCUUGUUGCUCUUGGCUUCCAGAGUCUACGUGUGAUCUUGAACGAUGGACUUUCCAGCUUACCACAAGAAUGCCUUCACGUAUGUGUAGACGUGACAGGAGCAUACAGUGCUCAAAAAACGGAGUUAAAUAUAAGCUUAACAGCAAUAGGGCUUUUGUGGACUAUAACUGAUUUUAUUGCUAAGCGGCUUUCACAUGAUCUUGUGGGUGAGAAGGAAGCAAGUAACCUCCCUGACGUGCCUGCUGUCUCUAAACAAGUGAACGUUGAGCGGACUGAGGAGGAAAUGAUUGAGGCUUCCAUUCACACUGAUGCUUCUCCAUUCACAAACAUGGUUGAUUGCAACAAGUUGUUGUUUUCAGUUUUCUCACUGCUUCAUAAGCUUGGAGCUGAUGAUAGGCCAGAGGUCCGAAAUUCAGCUAUCAGGACACUCUUUCAGAGUCUUGGAAGUCAUGGUCAAAAGCUUUCAGAAAGCAUUUGGGAGACUUGUCUUUGGGAUUACGUUUUCCCCAUUUUAGACCAUGCUUCCCACAUGGCUGCAACCUCAUCCAAAGAUGAAUGGCAAGGGAAAGAACUGGGAACUCAUGGUGGAAAGGCGGUCCAUAUGCUUAUACAUCACUCUCGUAAUACUGCUCAGAAACAGUGGGAUGAAACGCUUGUUCUGGUGCUUUCUGGAAUAGCACGUAUAUUACGUUCUUUUUUCCCAUUCCUCAGAAGCUUAAGAAAUUUUUGGUCUGAAUGGGAAUCUUUGCUUCUUUUUGUGAAGAAUAGCAUUCUAAAUGGUAGUAAAGAAGUAGCUCUUGCAGCAAUAAAUUGUCUACAGACUACAGUUAUUUCUCAUUCUCCCAAGGGAAACUUGCCAAUGACUUACCUUGUUUCAGUACUUAAUGUGUAUGAGCUUGUACUUCAAAAGUCACCACACUACAGUGGUAAUGCUGCUAGCAAAGUGAAGCAGGAAAUUUUGCAUGGUCUUGGAGAGCUGUAUGUGCAAGCACAAAUGAUGUUUGACAACCAGAUGUACACACAAUUGCUAUCAGUUGUUGAUUUGGCCAUUAAACAAGCAAUAAUAACUAACGAGAACUUUGAAACUGAAUUUGGACAUGUCCCCCCUGAGCUACGAACUAUUCUGGAAAUAUUACCACUUUUACGUCCUACUGAUGCCAUCUCUUCAAUGUGGCUGAUUUUGCUGCGUGAAUUUUUGCAAUAUCUUCCAAGAUCAGGUUCUUCAAUACAUGAAAAUGAUGGAGAUCAAACAAGCACUAGUUAUCUUGUUCCAGGGAGGUCAAAGAACGAAAGGCAUUCCAGAGCUGCUUCUGCAUCCUCGAAUGAUGAAGCUUCUCAGUCUGUGUCUCCAGUAUCAGCAGUUACACCAGUUGGUAUUCAGAAUGUCCUGUUUGCAGAAAAGCUUGUUCCUGCGUUGGUUGAGCUUUUCCUUCAUGCACCAAUGGUUGAAAAAUGUAUUAUUUGUCCUGAAAUUAUCCAGGGUCUUGGAAGGUGUAUGACAACAAGAAGAGAAAACCCCGAUGGCGCACUUUGGGGAUUGGCUGUCGAAGGUUUUAAUCAGAUACUUCUUGAUGACGUACAAAAUUUAACUAGGAAUGUUCUACCAGAUCCAGGUACUAGCAAACCAGCAAGAACUCGUAUAUGGAAGGAAGUUGCGGAUGUUUAUGAAUUUUUCCUUGUGGGAUAUUGUGGGCGAGCUCUAUCCAGUUCAGUGGCAUCUGGAUCACUGGAAACUAAUGAGGAUCUUGAGAUGACUCUCUUAAACGUUCUGGGUGACAAGAUCCUUAAAUCACCACUUGAUGCACCUCAUGAUGUUCUCCAAAGACUUGUUUCCACAUUGGAUCGAUGUGCAGCACGAACCUGCUCAUUGCCCGUUGAGACCGUAGAGCUAAUGCCCAUCCACUGUAGCAGAUUUUCCUUGAUCUGUUUGCAGAAGUUGUUUUCUUUGAGCAGCUAUGACAAUGAAGAUGAUAAAUGGAGCUCAACAAGAUGUGAAGUCAGCAAAAUUUCGAUCUUGUUACUCAUGACGAGAUGCCAAUGCAUCUUGAGCAGGUUCCUGAUCGACGAGAAUGACUUAGGUGUGCGUCCGUUGCCUACAGCAAGGCUUGACGAAAUCAUAUAUGUUCUUCAAGAACUAGCCCGGCUCAAGAUCCAUUAUGACACUGCCUCUGUUCUUCCCUUGCCUUCACAUUUGAAGAUUGACUUGAACGAGGAGAGUCAUGAAAGACGUCCUCACCUACUCAUUUUAUUUCCUUCCUUCUGUGAACUUGUCAUCUCGAGAGAACCAAGGGUGAGGAUAUUGGUCCAACGACUGCUUAGACUCAUCACCACGGAGUUGACUCUCGAUAAGGUUAGCUUAGCCAACUGAGUCAUCAAAGACUAAUUUUGUUCAUGUUCUUCAUACCGUUCUUAUCGAGCAGCACGAGUUUUCGUGCAGAGAGACAUUGUUAAUGUUCUCCAUGUAAUUCUUGUUUUGUGCCUAAGUUAUUGUAAAGACUUAACUGUUCAUGUUCUUCGCACCAUUCUUGUAUUUCUGUUUCGGAUAAUCUUAGUUUUUAUUUA